AUGUUCACCAAUACUAAGUUAGCUGAAGAGAUUUUUUCAAGUCAAUCAGCUGAUACUCAAGAAUGUCUUCGACAACUUCCCAUCUGUGCUCAUGCGAGUGGUCAUGAACAGAUCUAUCCAGUAUCGACCACAUUUGAUAAAACAAUCAUUAAUGAUUUACCAUAUCUACCGCAAGUUGAUAUUCCACCCGAUUGUCGUUCUUUGGCAAAAAUGCUCGGUGUUAUUUGUGACUAUGAUCUACGAGCAUGUGUGACAGUUUUACAAGUACUGAGUGAUCAAAGUAACACGGAUCUCGUGCUCUAUAUCCAUUGGUUAGGACAUUUGCAGCUGUAUUUUCGUCAACAACGUACUCGUUGUCAAUCCAUAGAGGUAAUAUCAUCAUGUCGCAUUUACCUGCCAGAUAACCAACAAUUUCGAUCAUUAAAAGAUCUGCUUGUUCUUCAGAAUCAUACCGAACAUCGUACUAGCAUUGAACUCGUAUCCGAAUAUCUGAAUUUACCUAUUAUUUCACCAUCGACUAAUCAGAUCUAUUGGCAAUUUAAAGAUCUUUUUGAUAUAUUAAACUGUGUAUGUGCAGUAAACCUAUCACAUCUUUUCCAAACAAUUCAUUUAGCUAGUUGUGAUAAGAGCAACUUUCAUGAUCUUGGGGAUGGUAUGACAGUGCUAAAAGAGAUGGGUGUCGAAAAAAUGAUUAGUCUGUAUCAUCAUCUUGAAACUUUGAUACUAAAGUGCGUCAUGGAAAAUAAAACUAACGAUACGCUACAUAAUGCUAUUGCUAAAAAACGGCAUCCAACAGCACCUUGUGGUAGUCGCGAAGAUUGGGAGUGGCGUUUUGGAUUGACAUGCACAAAGAUUUCGGUGGAAUUGCGAACAUUAAUUGGACUAAAUCUAGAAAAUGAGCAACUACCACUUCUCACAACUGACAGAGAGCUCGUUAUCAAUACAAAUGGUGCAAUUAUCUAUGCAUGUAUGGAACAAAAAAUUAUUGAAAAUUUAGCGAAAGAUGCUGGCAAACGAUUCUUUAUUUCACCAUUGAUUACGAAUACGUGUCCACUUGUCUUAGCCGCACUGAAUAUUGAUUAUGUAGAACGACGAGUAUCGACAUGA